AUGCGCAAGAAGAGCGUGCAAGAGACCGAUGAGGUUCCGAACGAGAGAUUACCUCACAUUUUGUCGUCUUCUGAUGAUCCAACUGAAGUGAACAAAGCUCUCGUUGUACUUCUACGGAGACUUCGCGCAGGUGCCGGCGAACCCAUUUCUCUCUCACCAGCAACUCUUAGUCAACUCCUCCGUAUUCUUGUGGGGCGCACAGAUGAUGCGUGGUUGGAGGUGAGAAAGAAAAUUGCUUUUGUGUUUAGCGAGUUACUAUCAAAGGACAAUGCGGAUGUGCUGGCGGAUGCACUGCUCUACGGACGGUUGCACACCACAACAAGCAGCGAAGCUCGCGCCAGUCGUAUUGACUUUGGAGGCGUGGAUGAAAAUAGUGCGCCGGACCCGUUCACGUCACUGAAGAAAAUGAAGGAAAUUUUAGGAAAACUGGCAGAGGCACAUGGUACGGUGGAGCGGUGUGUUCCUGCGGCCGAUGUUUUCCGAACAUUUUUGCGCCUCCCUGCUCUUUUGGAAGUCAUUAUGUCGCCAGAGCCGCUAUUCGAUGUUGAGGACAACGACGGAUCUGCUCCCGCCCACCACGCAACGAAGAAACGCUGCUUCAAUGAUACUUGCAUUGGAAUACUUUGUCGCAGUGCGCAGGCUUACACAACAGCCCUUUGCACAGAAACUUGGCGCUCACUUUCCACUGCCUUAUGCACAAAUAAAGCUCUUUCGGCACCUUUGCUCUUGUGUUAUUUCAACGAAUUUGUGGGCAUGUUCCUGGGCUGCUUGGAAGGUGAUAACUUCGUGGCAAAGCUUCAUGCUCUGGAGCUCAUUGAUGCCAUUCUUGAAGAUGCCGCUUUUCUCAAAGCACGCCCAAAGCUUGCAGAGUCUCCGGCGUUGCUUUGUGCGUUACUUCCCCUGACGAACUCACGGUCACAACACAUUCGUUUCCUUACUUUUGAUGCAAUUAAAGUUUUCAUCGCAAAGGGAAACAAACCAGCCCCGAUCCGUUAUAUUCUCUACAUAAACCGUGAAACACUGGCACGCUAUGUAGAGGAUUACUCCCCCAAUGAAGCAACCAUCGGGAAAGUGUUGAGUGCGGAGAAGGAAAAAAUUCUGCGGAGUCUUCUUUCAUUAGAACCACUGAGCCAUGAGGAAGAAGUAUUGUUGAAUGCGUCGGCGUAG